AUGGCGAGUGGAGUGAGAGACGCAAACAUGCAGCUCGGAAUCGGUAUAGGAAUGCACAAAUCUCCGAUUUGCGUUAGACUCCAGGAUUUCCACUGGGUUCCUGGGAUCAGAGGAAGAGCACUAAAGUUCAAAACAGGCCAAGACAAGGGACAGCUCAGGGUGAAUGAACUCUUUACCAAUGAAGGUAGAUGGGAUGAGGAGAAAAUCAGAGCUCUGUUUGAUGAAAAUGACUGCACAGAAAUUCUCAAAAUCAAAUCAGUGAACCUGGAUCAUCAGGACACUUGGAGCUGGAAUUUUGGGGCUCAAGGAAAGUUCUCUGUUUCUUCCUCUUAUGCACACCUACAAAAAAGGAAGCUGCUUGCUCUUGAUAUUCCAGAAGGAAAUGGUCAGGUCGCACGAGGACAACUUUGUGAAGGCCGGGCCUCUGGUGGGCCGCCUGAGAGUGUGGUGGCCAGGUCUCCACGAAGACAGCCUGAGUAUGUGAUGGUCAGGUCUCACGCGGACAACCUUGAGUUUGUAGAGGUCAGGCCUAACACGCUGACGUGCUUGCGUGCGCGCGCUGCCUGCUUGCGUGCUCGUCAGAGACCAAGAACUUCGUGGGUCAUGCGCGUCGCCUGGGAGCUGGAUCGUCACGACAUGUGGGUUUUAGGAACGUUGGGCACGCCUGGGUUUUGUGGCGUCGCAGGGGCUACACGAGCAUCACCGGGUGUUGCCUGA